AUGAGACGGCCUAAUUUUGUGAGACCCGAGAGAAUAAGUUAUCUAAAUACCAUCAGCGCUUUUCCUGAAUCUGUUCACAAAGCAAACAUGAAUAACGCAACAUCCACAGAUACAAAAUGGUUAUGUGAAACUCCAAUCCAUUCUGAUGUAGAAGCCAAGCUGCGGGAGCUUUUGAUUGAAUUAGGGAAUGCUGAUAAAAUACUUGGAAUCCAGGUUUGUGCAUACAAAGAAGGGAAAGUGAUCAUUGAUACUGCAGCUGGAGUCAUGGGAAAAGAUGACCCUCGUCCAGUUCAACCCAAUACCUUGUUUCCCGUUUUCUCUACAACUAAGGGCGUCACUGCAGGAAUGAUACACUGGCUGGCUGAUAAAGGGAAACUAAAGCUUGACGAAUAUGUUGCGAACAUUUGGCCUGAGUUUGGUACAAAUGGAAAAGAUGAGAUAAAGGUUAAUCAUAUACUUAAUCAUACAUCUGGUUUGCACAAUGCUCUUGCUGGCAUUUCUGAAAAUGAUCCUGCGUUGUUUUGUGAUUGGGAUGAGUGUGUAAAACGUAUUGCAAUGGUGACACCAGAGACUGAACCUGGUUGUGAACAAUUAUAUCAUUACUUUUCGUAUGGAUGGCUAUGUGGUGGGAUCAUUGAGCGUGUAAGUGGGAAAAAAUUUCAGGAUGUUCUAGAGGAAGCUUUUGUACGCCCCCUUAAUGUGGAGGGAGAGCUUUAUAUAGGGAUUCCUCAUGGUGUGGAAUCUCGUCUGGCAACUCUUACAUUUGAUACAAAUGAAUUCAAUACAUUUGCCGCUCUACUGGCAAACACUGAGUUUAGAAUUGCAUCCGCCACACCUUCCUCACUCACUGCGGAAUUGAUUGAAGAUCUUAUUCUCUUAUCCAACACCCUUGAUGUCCGCCGUGCAAUACUACCUGCUGCCAAUGGCCACUUCACAGCCCGUGCGUUGGACCGCUACUAUGUCGCCCUCAUGGACAGUGGCACCAUCCCUACCCGUCACUCGUCCUCUUCUCUUCCACCACUCGGAAGCCACCCUCACCACCCCACAUCCCCAUCCAAUAACCAAAAAUACAAAACCAACAAUGCAAGUGAUGAAAUCAAUACUAAAAUCUUUAACACACGACAAUCAAAACUUCAUGAUGCUUUCUUGGGCUUAGGUGGUUCAACGGGAUAUUGUGACAUAAAUAAUAGGUUUUCUAUUGCUGUGACUGUAAACAAGAUGUCUUUCAUGAAUUUACCCACCUCGGAGAUUAUUCGAUUUGUUUGCUCAAAACUUGAUCUUCCUAUACCUGAAGAUCAUGCGUGA